AAAGCUGACUUGGGGGCGUGAAAUUAUAAUCCAAAAGUGAAGAGAAAAAAAAAACAUUCAUUUAGGAGAAGUUAAGCAAAAGAAUCUUUGACUAAUUAAAAACAAGUACUGAGGCAGAACUGCUGGAGUAGAGUAGAGUAGCAGUCACAUUGUACCAGGGCGAGCUCCCAGCUUAUUGUACUGGAACCCAGAGGAGACCGCUUAUGAUACUGGAUUCUCAGGACUGACCAGUGACCAGGUACAAUAAACAUCUGGCAAAUGAUACAUCAUAAUCGCCUAGCAAAUGGACAGCAUAAUUCUACGCUUGCUUCUUUUUAAAGGUCUUUUUCAGGUGGUACAGAAUGUGCAGUGUGGAGAAAAGAACACAGAAAAUCUUCCAGUUAGAGUUGAGUGGAAUACGUUUCCUGAAAAUAAGAAUCCUGACAGUUAUUUUGUGUUAUAUCACACCAAUAAUAGCGCAUGCCAUCAGAAUGUGUUGAAGUCACCAGUUGCUCAUCAAGCUUAUAGUCCAUUCCUAUCAUUGAAUAACCUAAAGCAAGAGGAUGCUUAUAAUUUCACCAUAAAAUCCAUGAAAGAUGGUGAAAUCUUAAGUGUUAAAUCAUUUUUGACAGACCCAAUACAGUUACAAGAUGUAGCUAUAGCCGUGACAACUACUUCAGUAUCAUUCAACUGGAGCAAGAUCAAUGCAGACAUUUUUGUUUCCAAUGUCCUCAAAAACUCUACUGAAAUUAUGGUGCUAGAAGACAAGUUUUAUGAAGUGAAUAAUUUACGUCCGGGAUCUCUAAGCAAUUUCGAAUUUGUUGUGAAACAGCAUUAUCCCGGUUUUAUUAAUGUGUCUCGGAAAAUGUAUAUUCCUGUUGAAACAGGGCUCUGUUCUGAGGGCUGGGUUGCAUUGAAACACAGCUGCUAUAAGUUGAUUUUGAAUAACAAACCUUGGGCAAGUGCUGAACAGAGCUGUGAAACGCUUCACGCAGGAGCACAUCUUGUAAAUGUUCAAACAACGGAUGAACAUGCAUUUUUAUCUUCUUUCUUGUAUAUGAAGAAUGAAUUAAUCUUACUCUGGAGUGGUCUCUCUGAUCUUAAGGUUGAAGAAGAACUGUUGUGGACCGAUGGAUCUGCUUACACUUUAGAUACAUAUGAAGUGACACUGCUGUCAUACUUGCCUAAAAAUUAUACAGAUUGUUAUGCCCUACAACAAAAUGCAACAGGUCCAAACUAUUUUUAUACAGCAUUCUUUUGUCACAUGGCCUUACCUUACCUUUGUGAAUAUGAAUUCCCAGAUGUUUCCGAAAAGCUUACUUAUUCUGUGGAAGAUAUUUCGGAAAGUGAAGUACUGUUCAGAUGGAGUCGUUUCACUUUUAUAUCUGAAAGAGGAUUUUACCCUCAUUUGAAAUAUUAUUCCAAUAGCUCAAAUGAGCGUUUUAUAAGUGUAAGAGAAAAUUCUACUUAUGCGUCCAUUCAGAAUCUCAAUCCUGGACUCAGUUACAGUUUUAUUUUGUGUAUGAAGGAUGACAAAGGGUCACAACAAAAUUUAAGUCCAAUUAUUUCAGUACAAACAAGACCCUUGAAUCCAAUGAAUUUCAAGGUUGGAAAAAUAUCAUCAACUAGUAUAUCUUUGAAAUGGAAUCCACCAGUAGGACCAUUUGGUGAUUUUUUCUGUGGUUACCUAGUGACAGUCUGGGAUAUAGAAAAAAACUCAUUUUUGACCUUCAAGGAACAAAGUAACCAAGAUUCAACUACUAUACAAAACCUGAAAGCAUAUCAUAAGUACAAGAUAUUUCUACAAACCAUAGCAGAAAGCGGCAAAUUGAGUUCAUUGGAAAACAGCUUGUUAGUAACAACAGAGGUUAGUCCAUUGGAAAGAGUCAGCAUUGAACCAAAUUCUGUACAAGAAGAUAAUUUUAUCCUCUACUGGGAUUCUCCAGAAGAAUUUCAUCAAAUCUACAUUCGAGUUAAAUCUCUUGCAGAUAAUUCAGAGGUUUCUUAUGUUGUGAAUGACACAGACAAAUUUCAUGUUGGAGCUUUAAUACCUGGAGUGACAUAUGAAAUAGGACUUUCUGUAGUGGUGAAUGGAAAUAGAAGUGAAAUGAAAAUCCUACAGCAAACGCUAAGACCUAAACCAGUUACCCUUGCGGUCCCGAUUGAACAGAACACACACGAUGUUGAACUGUUUGUUCAGAUGCCCAAUGUGGGAAUAUUUGAUGGUAUAUUAAUAUCAAAUGCAAAGUACAAAAACAGAUCUAUUUCUUUUCCACUUAUGGCACAUGGCAAAUACGUCAUUGACCAGCUCGUGCCAGGCACUGAGUAUAGUUUUAUAGUGCACACCAGAAGUAAGGACAUGCUAAGUGCUCCCUUCAGAUUGUCAUCUGUCAAGACAUGUUUAGCAAGUCCAACUAAUGUACGUGAAGGUGAGGUUGCUGAACAUUCUAUACAAGUCAUUUGGGAUAGAGCUGAUGGAAACUUUCACCAGUAUGAAAUUAUUUGCAAAAAUUGCUCCAACUCUAUAACUGUGCAAAAAGUCACCCAAAAGUCAGCAGUGUUUACGCAGUUAACGCCUGGCACAACCUACACAUUCUCAGUAUCCACAGAGAAACAGUUCUUUAGAGAUAGUGUGCCCGUUACAUUACAAAUUCAAACAACUCCCAGUUCAGUAACAUAUGUAAACUACACAACGGAUACAACAUCAAUAAUCGUCAACUGGCAACUGACUUCUGGUCUGUUUGAUGGAUACAUCAUUUCCUUGAAAGCUGAAAACACCAUCAAAACUGAAAUGGUCCAACCAAGUGAAAGACAUUACAUUUUUACUGGCCUGUUACCUGGUUUUGAAUAUGUUAUCAGUAUUAUAACAAGAUGUGGAUUGAAGCAAAGCUCCCCUGCAGUUUUAAAGCUCAGUACAGAUCCUGAGCCACCAUCAGCUAUGGAAGUUGUUGGUCAAGAAGAACAUUCCAUUUACUUAUCUUGGAAGCCGCCACAUGGAAGAUAUGAGAAGUUUCAACUAACCUAUCAAUCAAGCAACAGAGAAACAUUUCAUAAGGUAGCAAUGGUUGAUAAUGAAGCAGUGAUUAAGAACCUUUUACCUGGGGAAGACUACAUAUUUCAACUUCAAACGAUUAAAGGGGAGCAAUUUAGCGUCCCAAUAGAGAAAACCGCUAGUACCAGGCCUGCUGGAAUUUGUGGGCUAUCUAGUAAGGACAUUAAUACCACUUCUGCUACUCUGCAUUGGGACCCGGUUGGAAGUAGUUUUACUCACUACAGAAUUCUAAUUAAAAACCAAACGUAUGUAAGAGAUUUCAAUGUCUCCAAAGCAGAGCCAGAGUAUACAGCAACCCAUCUUUACCCUGGUGGAAUUUAUAAUGUCACAGUUCAGAGGGUGAAAGGAAACAUUCUUGGUGAUAUUUCAUCUAUACAGGUGGUAGCAGAACCUGAAGCCCCUAUAGCACUUACUGCCUUCAAUAUUUCAACACACUCCUUUUCAAUAUACUGGAGGCAACCCCAUGGACGGGUGGAAAGAUAUCAAGUGGAUCUCUUCCCUCAGGAUGGCUUUGUUGCUGUCAGAGAUCUUGGAGGUGGGGAGUAUCAGGCAGAUGUCUCCAGCAUUGCUCCUGGUACCACGUAUAGAGUAGCUGUUUCUUCAGUGUCAUCUUCAGCCUUCAGCUCCCCAGACAGCAAGUUGGUGAUGACGAAUGAAACCAUUCCAGGACCUCCUGAUCACUUGGCAGGAGAACGGGUGGGCUCUGCAGGAAUCCUGCUCUCUUGGUCUACUCCACGGAAUACAAAUGGGAAGAUUAUAGGAUACGCUGUCAAUUACAGAGAGGUUUGCCCAUGGAUGCAGUCAUCCUUCACUCAAGUCGUAACCACGCUUGACAGUCUAGAGGUUCUUUUGACCAGUCUGACUCCUGGAACAACAUAUGAAAUAAAGGUGGCUGCAGAAAACAGUGCUGGCAUUGGAUCGUACAGUGAUUCUUUUCUGUUUAAUACUGCGGAAAGUGCUCCAGGAAAAGUUGUAAAUUUGACUGUGGAAGCUCUUAACUCAUCAGCGGUGAAUCUUACUUGGUUUUUACCAACACAGCCGCAUGGAAAAAUUACCAGCUUCAAGAUAAGCGUUAAACAUGCAAGGACUGGAGCAGUAGUCAAGGACACCACUGUGAAAGUAGAAGACAUUUUGAAUGGAGCAUUGCCAGAAUGCACUGACAAAAGCGAAUCAUUUUUAUGGAGCACAUCUAGCCCUUCAUCAACUCGUGGCCAGUCGACAACUACAGCUUCUCUUAUAGCCCAGACUAUAACCUCUCAGACAUUUAAUGCCAUCUGGAAUGAACCAAUUACAUAUAUUGUAGGACAACUUAGACCAUAUACAACUUACUUAUUUGAGGUUUCCGCUGUUACGAGUGAACCGGGCUACAUUGAUAGUACAAUUGUCAGGACACCAGAAUCGGUGCCUGAAGAUCCUCCUCGGAACCUUGUCAAAGGCAACAUCACAGCAAGAUCCUUCUCUGUCACUUGGGAUGCUCCGACUAUUGUGACAGGAAAAUUUAGUUACAAAGUUGAAUUGUACGGUCCCACUGGUCGGAUUCUGGAUAACAGCACAAAGGAUCUCAAGUUUACUUUUACUAACCUGACUCCUUUCACAGCCUAUGAUGCAUACAUCAGUGGAGAAACAAGUGCAGGUGUUGGGCCCAGAUCCAACAUAUCUGUUUUCACUCCAGCUGAAGUACCCAGCGCUGUAUCUGAUUUAAAUGCAAAAGAAGUGGAAGCCAACUUUAUAACAGUUACCUGGAGAAGACCACAGCAACCAAAUGGCAUCAUAACUCAAUACAGGGUUCGAGCCUUUGUUAAAGAAACAGGAUUGGCCAUAGAAAAUACAAUUCUCACAGGAAAAUAUAAGUAUCCUUAUAACAUGGUGUCUCCAACUUCAACAAUAGUGAAUGAAAAUACCAAAUCUCUGUUAUUGGGACAGCUGAUGUCAGGGGUGUAUGAAGGAUCAGCUGAUAUUUUCCCAACUGCUCAAUCAAUGUCUCCUGUGGCAUUCUACAAUAACCCAAAUGGUGACACUGUUGUUGAGACUGUGCAGGAUGGGAUAGAUAUUGAGGCUGAACAGCUGUCUUACACGGUGGAGAGGCUUCUACCUUAUUCUGACUAUACAAUCAGCGUGUCCGCUUUUACUACAGUGGGGGAAGGACCACCAACAUAUAUUGUCAUAAGGACCAGUGAGCAAGUUCCCAGCUCUGUGAACAAUAUAAGUUAUCAGAACAUCAGUUCAACAUCAGUCAUAGUCUUUUGGAUCCCUCCUCUGGAACCCAACGGGAUGAUAACCCACUAUACAGUCUAUGCCAUGGAUUUAUACACAAAAGAUGCUUUUCAUGUGACAACCAGCAACACGAGCAUGCUUAUAACAGGGUUAAAAAAGUAUAUGGACUACAAGGUGCGUGUUACAGCUUCAAAUUCAGCAGGCGAGAGCGCCGUCUCAGAAGAAAAUAAUAUUUUUGUGCGAACCCUUGAGGAUGCACCCGGAUCUCCACCUCAGAAUCUGGUUUCAGCUGGCGUUAAUGCAACUGCUAUCAAUUUGGAGUGGUUACCACCUGCAGAACCUAAUGGCAUCAUUACACACUAUGAAAUAAUCUACACAAAUUCAACAGUAAUACUUGCUCAGAACACAUCUUCAAGAGCAUUCACCAUAACUGAUUUAAACCCAUACACUCUUUACAGGAUUUCUGUCCGAGCUUACACCCAGUUUGGACAUGGAAACCAAUCGACCCCAAUACUCUCAGUAAAAACAUCUGAAACUGCUCCAAGUAGUCCUCCGUAUGAUUUACUGUAUCGGAAUUUAUCGUCAACUAGAGUAUUGCUCACAUGGCAACCACCAGUUUUCGCUAAUGGAAUAAUAAUGUUUUAUAAGAUUAACUACUGGAAUUCUACUAAUUCUUUGACUGAAAAAAGCAACGACUCAUUGAUUGUCUUGUCAGACCUUAAAAAAUAUUCCCAAUAUCAAGUUGUUGUAUCAGGUCAUACAAUACAUGGAGAUGGAAAUCAAACCAGUGAAAUCCUACACAUGACCACCAUGGAGGAUGUUCCUGAUGAUCCACCUUAUAACCUGUCCUACAGAAUUCUAAACUCUACUUCCAUUCAGCUGUUUUACUCUCCACCUUCUUCUCCCAAUGGUGUUAUCAAGUAUUACACAAUCACUUGUCUUGAUGCUGCAGCUAGCGAACAGAAUUAUAAAAGCUAUACCCAGUCUACAAUAAUUGCAGACUUCAAAAAAUAUAGUGAAUACAGUAUCACUAUUAGUGCAAGUACAUCAGUGGGACCUGGACCAAGAACAAGUAGAUUGCUUUUUGUAAGAACUGGUGAAGAUGUACCAGACAGUGCCCCCGAAAACAUAGUAUACAGAAAUGUAUCUUCAACUGAAAUCGCUGUAUCAUAUUCUCCACCAACCAUACCUAAUGGAAAAAUAUCAUAUUAUACCGUGUACAUAACAUGGCUGAAUGGGACCGUGGAGAGGGCUACAGAUACACCUGAACUGUCACUGAAUAUUGCAGGCCUAAGAAAACAUACCAGUUAUAUUCUGAAAGUAUCUGCCAGUACAGCAAAAGGGGAAGGUGUACACAGUGAAGCUGUCAGCAUCACUACAGAGGAGGACGCACCAUCAACCCCUCCUCGUUUACUUGCUGUAAGUCAAUUAUCCAGUACACUUGUGAAGCUAUCAUGGCUACCACCUCUGGAGCCAAAUGGAAUUAUACUUUUCUACACACUUUAUAUCUGGGAUGAGACAUCAAACAAAACUAUUUAUAUUGAGGAUACUUCAGUGGACUUCAUUGAUUUUGAAAGCAAUCAUGAAUACAGUGCAUACGUGACAUCCAGUACUAGAUUUGGGGAUGGCAAUGUCAGAAGUGACAUUUUAAGAUUUAAGACUCUAGAAGGAGUUCCGAGUGACCCACCAAAGAACGUGUCAUACAGGAACCUCACCUCUACAUCUGUAAAGAUUUUCUGGAAUCCACCUGUUAAACCAAAUGGCGUUAUACUAUAUUAUACAUUAUACUUCAAGAAUUCUUCUGACACCUAUAUCAGGAAUCUCACUUCGGGUGAUAUUUCCAUUCCAUCUGAUGGUAACGAUUUAUCAGCAACAAUCCAUGAUCUGGCAAAAUUCCAUCACUAUGAAUUUUGGAUUACUGCGAGUACUAUAUUUGGAGAUGGUGAUCAAGCAAGUGAGGUUAUUGAUGUCAACACGGAGGAAGAUGUACCAGAGUCUGGACCUAUGAUCAGAGAGUACAAGAACCUAACAUCUACUUCAGUGCUGUUAUCAUGGGAUCCUCCUGAACAUCCAAAUGGAAUUAUCACUGGUUAUUACUUACAGAUUUAUGGACCACAAGGAAAUUAUCCUUCAUUUUCCACUCAAGUUUCUGUCAUUUUGGAGGAUCUUCUACCUUUUACCCAGUAUUUUGUAUUUGUUGCUGCUAGUACAAUAAAAGGCACUGGUCCUCCAAGCCAGCUUGCCUUUCACACAGAUGAAGCAGAGCCAACAGCUCCUCCUCAGAACUUGACAUUUAUCAAUGCAAGUGCUAAUUCAGCUUGGUUACAAUGGAGUCCAAGUCCCAAACCCAAUGGCAUUGUGCGCACAUAUAGCUUUAGAAUAGUAGAAAACAGCAGUCAUUCUAUAUUUUACCAGAAUAUAUCUGGUGAUCAAACUGAAGGAAUGCUUACUAACUUGGAACCUUUCAAAACAUAUCUAGCUAGUAUGUCUGCAUUCACAAAAGUCGGUAAUGGAAAUGAGUUCAGCAACACUGUUAGUUUUACCACUGAAGAAUCAGGUCCAGAUUCCAUCCAGAAUAUUCACUGUGUAGCAACCAGUUGGCAGUCUAUACUUGUCCAGUGGGAUCCACCAUUAAGACCAAAUGGGAUAAUAACACAUUACAUCCUAACAUUUCAGAGUGUCACUACCACAGUUUUGCCUACUGAUACCGUGUACACCUUUAGAGAUCUUCUCUCCAAUACCACUUAUUACUUCACUGUCAAAGCUUCAAAUUCUGCAGGAGAAGGAGUAGAGCAAGUAUGUAAUGCUACUACUAAGUUUGAAGAAGUUCCCAGUGUUCCACGAUCUGUUACUAUUUUAGACGUUGGCUCCACAAGUGUCACAUUGCAAUGGAAUAGACCAGAGUAUACCAAUGGCUAUUUAAAGAUUUACAAAAUCAAUGUACUACUUCUUUCUACUGAGUGUAAUGUUAACCAUGGUGAAUGUAUUGAAAAGAGCCAGGACCUCUACUCCUACCAAGAGAAUACUGUUGAGAAGACAAUAUAUGGCUUGAAAAAGUUCAGAUGGUAUAGAUUUAAAGUUAGUGCAAGCACAACCGCUGGAUACGGUGCUUCAUCGCCAUGGAUUAAUGUGCAGACCUUAUCUGGUCCUGCAGAGGGACCUCCACAAAAUGUUACUGUCAUUGCCACAUCAUCCAACAGUAUUAAUAUCAGCUGGAGCCAACCAGCCAUUAUAACUGGGCCAACCUCAUAUUUGAUCAACAUCUCAUCGGCCAAUAGUGCAGAGUAUACAAAUGAAAUUGUAAGAUGGAGUAAUGAAAGUAUAAAUAUACAAGUCAUCACAGGCUUGAAGCCAUUCACCAACUAUUCUAUAGUAGUCAUUGCCUUCACUGGAGAUCUUGAUUCAGCUUUUACAGAAGGGAAGCCAAGCAAUCCAGUGACUGCUACUACUCUUGAGGCAGUGCCAAAUGACCCACCUAAAAACAUAACAAUUCAGAAGAUUCCAAAUGAAGUGACCAAAGUUCAGAUGACCUUCAUACCUCCAGCUGAGCCAAACGGAAAGAUCCAAAUGUUUCAAGCAUUGAUAUAUAAAGAAGAUGAUCCCACAAAAUCUCAAAUCCGCAAUCUAAGUAUUAUUAAAAAUAAUGAAGAAUCUGUUACUGCAAUUAUAGAAGGACUUAAAGGUGGAUACACAUAUAAUAUUAGUAUUUACGCAGUGAAUGGUGCUGGAGCUGGACCAAAAAUUCAGAUGCGAAUUACAACUGAUAUAAAAGAACCACCUCGUCCUGUAAUGAAACCGGUGCCUAUUUAUGAUUCCAGUGGGAGUGUUAUGGCUACCUCCACCACAAUUACCAUUAAAAUGCCAGUAUGCUACUUCAGUGAUGUCAACGGGCCAAUUAAAAAAAUUCAGAUUCUUGUCUCAGAAAUUGGAGCUCAACAAGAUGGAAAUAUCACCAAGUGGCACGAAGCUUAUUUCCAAAAACCAAGACCAUAUUUCACAAAUGAAGGUUUUCCAAAUCCAUCUUGUCCAGAGGGAACAAACCGUUUCUUCAGCAAACAGGAAGUAUAUGUCAUUGGAGCUGACAAUACCUGUAUGCUACAGGAAAAUAAAGAGAAAUUCUGCAAUGGACCUCUGAAGCCAAGGAAACAGUACUUGUUUAAAUUUCGAGCCACAAAUACUAGAGGACAAUUUACCGAUUCAGAAUACUCUGAAGUCGUAAAAACCUUAGCCGACGGACUGUCAGGACGGGCUGUAGAAAUCAUCCUGUCGGUUACACUUUGCGUGCUUUCUGUGAUACUACUUGUGGCAGCAAUUUAUGCUUUUGCAAGAAUUAGGCAAAAGCAAAAGGAGGGUGGAACAUACUCACCACGAGAUGCUGAAAUAAUUGAUACUAAAUUCAAACUAGACCAGUUAAUCACAGUGGCAGACUUGGAACUAAAGGAUGAGAGAUUAACACGAUAUUCUUCAUUUUUCUUUAGACGCAAGGACAUAUAUGUCAUCCAGUUACUUAGUUAUAGGAAAUCACUCAAGCCUGUGAGCAAGAAAACCUUUCUGCAGCACAUUGAGGAGCUGUGUGCCAAUAACAACCUAAAAUUUCAAGAAGAAUUUUCGGAGCUCCCAAAGUUUCUUGAAGAUCUUGCUGUAUCAGAUGCGGAUCUACCAUGGAACAGGUCCAAAAAUCGCUUUACAAACAUAAAGCCAUAUAACAAUAACCGAGUAAAGCUUAUUGCGGAUGCUGGAGUGCCAGGCUCAGAUUACAUCAACGCAAGCUAUGUGUCAGGUUAUAUUUGUCCUAAUGAGUUCAUUGCUACACAAGGACCACUGGCUGGAACUGUGGGUGACUUCUGGAGAAUGGUAUGGGAAACAAGAGCAAAGACCAUAGUAAUGCUUACUCAGUGCUUUGAGAAAGGCAGGAUUAGAUGUCAUCAAUAUUGGCCAGAGGACAAUAAGCCAGUUACCGUUUUUGGAGAUAUCGUGAUCACCAAAGUGGUAGAAGAUGUCCAAAUUGACUGGACCAUUAGAGACUUAAAAGUAGAACGGCAUGGUGAUUACAUGAUGGUACGUCAGCACAAUUUUACUUCUUGGCCAGAACACGGAGUCCCAGAAAAUACUACAGCCUUAAUUCAUUUUGUAAAAAUGGUUCGAGCAAGCAGACCGCAUGAAAAUACACCUACAAUUGUACACUGCAGUGCAGGAGUUGGAAGAUCGGGCGUUUUUGUUGCGAUGGAUCAUUUAAUCCAGCACAUUAAUCACCAUGACUUUGUGGAUAUUUAUGGCCUUGUAGCAGAACUAAGAAGUGAACGAAUGUGUAUGGUGCAAAACCUGGCACAGUAUAUAUUUUUACACCAGUGUGCCGUGGACCUGUUAGCAACCAAAGGCAGUAACCAGGCCAUCUGUUUUGUAAAUUACUCUGCUCUUCAGAAAAUGGACUCUUUGGAUGCCAUGGAGGGUGAUGUUGAACUUGAAUGGGAAGAGACAACCAUGUAACAUUCAAUAUCAGACAAAACCUUAUCCUAUGUUACGCGUGGCAGAAGCCAAAAGAGCUCGCUCUUAUGGAGAACAGCAGAGGAGAUGUGAAUUAGCAACCAAUUACCCCUGUGCCUUAAAUCUUUGUCAGUUGUAAUGUUAUGUGCACAGAAGCACAAGAUAUUGAAAUAUUUUUGCACUGCUGUGGACUGCGAGUAAAGGAUUGUAAGCAGAUUCAAAAGAUUAUCUUGAAAGAGAUAAGCAGAGCCAAACUGAAUAUAAAGUGUUACAGUGUUACUGUCCUCUGUGUGGAUACCUCUGUUUGAAUAACUACUGCAUUCUUUUUGAAAAAUGUAUAUAUAUAUAUAUAUAUAUAUGUUGUCGGUCUUAGGAUACCAUGCUCUGAUCCUGAACAGCUGAAGGGUCAUCCUGUGACACCAUGGAAAUAUUUUGGCCUUUACACAGCACACAGUAGCUCUUCAGGGACACUUGGGGCUAUUUAAGACUGCCAAUUCUUUUAUCAUGCCUUUUUCAAUAUUUUGCAUAUAGCUGGUGAUAAAUUACCUCAUUUAUCUGUCUCUUUUUUAUUGAAAAUAUGUUAUAGAAUAAA